AUGGCUGAUAACGUAGCCACGUUGACCUCUGCCAUCAACACCGCUGUGGCCGAUCUAGCUGGAAAGGAUGAAAUCCCGGAGGCAGCUCGGUACCAGCUUCUCGAGGCAAUUGACAAGCUUCGCGUUGCUGUCGAACCGCCCCUUCUCACCAUUCGGAAUUUCUGCUUCGGUCAUCAUAGCCUAGUUGCCAUUCGUGUCGCCAUGGGCAUGGGUAUAUUUGAUGCCUUCGCCUCAACGAAGAAUGGUGAAAUGACCGCUGAUGCGCUGAACGAGAAGACGAAGGGGGACAAAGGCCUCUUGGUGCGUAUCAUGCGGGUGCUGUGUGCGAACCACAUCUUCGAAGAGACGGGGGUGGAGAAAUACCACCAACUGCCGCUAGCCAUCAUGUUUGCUACUGAUAGUCCACCCAGCGAGGUCAUCAAACAUUUCCAUUCGGACAUGAAGGCCUCGGUCCACUCCUAUGACUAUUUCGAGGCAAGAGGAUACCAGAAUCCUGAAGACGCCUACGACACGACCUUCCAGCUCGCUUUUGGGACCAAGGAACAUUACUUUGAGUGGCUACAGCACAAUCCGGAGGAGCUACAUGCCUUCAAUACAGUGAUGGAGAUCGGCAAUCGCUCCUUGGAAGAUCGUGUCCUCCUGGUGGACAUCGGCGGUGGCAAGGGCCAUGACAUUUCUGGCUUCAAGCGCAAGUACACUGAGAUAAAACACCAGCUGAUAGUGCAGGAUCUCCCCAAGGUCAUCGAGGACAUCCAAGAGCCGCUCAUUGAAGGUAUAAAAGUCGUCGGAUAUAAUAUGUUUGAUCCACAACCCAUUAAAGGUGCUAAGGCAUAUUAUAUGCGAACUGUUUUACACGAUUGGCCUGAUAAACAAGCCCUACAGGCUCUUAGCCGUGUUCAUGAUGCUAUGGCCACCGACUCUCUGCUACUGAUCAAUGAAAACGUCUUGCCCGAGAUCAAUGCGCCCGGAUUUUCAUCCUCGAUGGAUAUUAUAAUGAUGGAGCUCUAUGGAUCUCUGGAACGGACGGAAAGGCAGUGGCUUGCACUAUUGGAGAAGGCGCAGUUUAGGGUUGUCAAAAUAUGGCGGUCGGGUUUUCAGGGAACUGGUUCCAAUGCGUUAUUCGAGGCGGUGCCUGUUUGA